AUGCCCACAGUGCAAGUAAAAAAAAGCUCUCUUGGGCGACCCCGAAAACCAGCUGAAGAUGCCAAAUCCACGCGACGCGCCCAGGUCCGCGAAGCGCAACAGGCAUAUCGAUCUCGCCAACAGUCCCAGCUCUCUUCGCUGAAAGCUCGCGUAGAGCAAUUGGAAGAUGUGUUUAACCAUUUGAGCCAGACCAUGCACACAUUCGAUUUCCAGGUGAUCCGGAAUGGGUCGCAGUUGUCUCAACCUGAACUUUUCCGGACAGUUGAGUUGUUGCGGGAUGAUAUAGUGUCCCAUUUAAAGCAAGCCGAUAUUCGCUUUCAGGAGUCCCCAAAUAAGCAAUCUCUAGAACCAUUACAAGCUGUCGUCAAGAAACCCCAUGCGCAGGUCGCAUCCGAGGUGCCAAUGGGCAGAUUAAAAGACCACACUUUGGAGUCUGACUUCUGGAAAUUGUUUUUGGGUUCGUCGGCUGCCAUAAUUCCAUCGACUAAUAUGCAGGCCCUGGGUAACCAAUCGAAUGAUUUGGUUCCCAUUCCUGUGGCACCAUCUAUUACUGAAACACACACCAUCCAAUAUGCAACCACACCCUUCACCCAACGACUUUAUCGCGCUUGCGCUGAAAGUGGCCAUCGGUUUCUGUCAAAUCCCUCAUAUAAAGAUGAAGAUAUGUGGGAGUUUGGAUUACUGCUACAAAGAAUGCCACGAGCAGAGAUCCGAGAUUAUUUCGCACGCGUCGUCAACGCGGAACCUUGCCAUCCUAUCAUCGAUGCUCGAUUUCCAUAUAUCAGCCUCGGUGGUGCAGGAACACACUUUUUACAACCUUCUAGUGACGACUUUUCAGAUAGCUUCGCCCACUUCCAAACAACAAAUGGCGUGACUUAUCUUCCUGCAGACGAAGACUGGUUUGAUGUGCAUGAUGUCGAGAGAUACCUGCUCAACCGAGGAAUCGGCGUAGGCGAGUUUCCUUCGUCCACCCUUAUGAUAUCUUAUUCCUCUAGUUCAGGCGCUAGGCCUUCGAACUUAGAGGCCCCCCAUGGCCAAUUACCGGAUGGUAUGAUGAUGGUCAUCGACGAGUAUAAGUUGAUCAACCGUACGCUUACACUAUUAUUUGCUCUUAUUUCCGAUGCAGAAUAUAAUGAUAAGAGCUAA